UAUUUGAUUGGACGAGUCAUUCUGAUCUCGUGACAAGGAAAUAGUGUGCUGUAACAAACUGGCGUCUGAAGGAAUUGGCGUGUAAGCAACCGAAUAAAUAAGUUUGAUUCGUCUGAACCAUGGGUUACAGCAUGAUCUUAGUUGUUAUGCUCUCUUUUCUCGCCUACACUCAUUCUGAGCCGGUGAAAUUUGUGGACUGUGGGUCAGUAGACGGAAAAGUUGUUGGAGUUGACAUUCAGCCGUGCUCACAACAGCCAUGCCAGCUUCACAAGGGGCAGUCCUAUGCGGUCAAUGUAACCUUCAGCAGCACUGUUGCGAGUCAGACCAGUAAAGCUAUCGUUCAUGGAGUGAUCGCAGGCGUCCCCGUCCCCUUCCCAAUCCCUAUUGACGAUGGUUGCAAGUCUGGAAUUCAGUGUCCUAUUGAUCCACAAAAAAUGUACAGCUACGUCAACCAGCUGCCCGUCAAGAGCGAGUAUCCAACAAUAAGACUGGUUGUGGAAUGGGAAUUAAGAGAUGACUCCAACAAAGAUUUAUUUUGCGUCAAGUUCCCAGUUCAGAUUGUGAGCUGAAGGCCAACACUGAAGCCAAGAUGAAAACGUUUACAAAGGGAAACAAUUGUGCCUAAACGCCUUUCUAUGGACCUUUUAGAUCUAAUAUUAGUAGACACAGAUUUUAUGAUUUAUACUACCUUUUUUUUGCUGUUUUAACAUUAUCCUUGACCAUGCACGCAGUGCCACUUUGCUAACAUUGCCUAAUUCUAGUUUGUUGUCAAUGAUUCACCAGAACGAGACGCUGACGAGACAAACAGUGGUCAGUGCCGGUGAUUAAAUCAAGUGUGCACUAGCUACAGUGUUGUAAUGUUUCUAAUCAAACUUUCUUUGAGCUAAUAGUUGUCAAUUGGUAACUUUUUACUAGCAUUUUUAAAUCUGCAUAUUUAAUAAAGAUCGCAUCUUAAAAUUAGCUUAUUUUAUUAAAACAUCGGCGAAUGUAGCCGCUUUUUACAUGCAACGAUAACAUGUAUGUUACUGAAGUAAACUAGUUUUUUUUCUUUAUGGUAAACAAUGAUUUUUGCUUUUCUUCUGUGUGAGGAUUUUGUCCGGAAUGUAAAAAUAGGGAAACAUUUAAAUAUUCCUGCAGGGGACCCACACCCUUUGACCAGUUAUUAUUUAUCCAUUAUUUUCUAGUCCUUCAUCAUUAAAACAAUAAAACCAUACAAGUAAUACAAAAUGAUUUACAUUCUGUUUUUUAUUAUUGUGGUUUAAUCAUGAACGACUAGAAAAUAAAUGAAAAGGAAGUGGUCAUAGGAUGUAGGAACCCUGUAUAAAUUAAUUAUAUACCUUUCAAUGAUGAGUCAGGGAGAUUGUAUCUAAUGUUUGUGCUCAACUGUUUAGCUAAGAGUGAAUUCCAGUUUAAGUAAAUCACAAUACUGUUAAACACUAUACUAUCUGUGUAAAAGGCUCAAACAAAUCAAUGGAAAGCUGACCGUGUUGUCUCUACAGCUAAAGAUCUUUUUAUUUGAAGUUUUGUCUAUUAAAGCGAUCUGUUCACUGUUUCUC